AUGUUAGUGUGUACUGUCUGUAACGACGAAACUUAUGAUAAUGAAGAUAUCAAAUAUAAAAAAUGUAAAAUAUUCUUACACUUUACAUAUGAUGGUUUUAGAGAAACGAACUUCAGGAAAACGAGUGCUGCAAAUAAAGAGAAAUGGUGCUGUGAAAAUUACAAAUAUUCUAUUUCUGAAUUAAGUAAUAAAAAUAAGCUCACUUUAGUAAAGGACUGUAGUAACUCGGAUAAAUUAUUAGUGGAUCUGAAAAACUGGUUUAACUUCAUGAGCGGGCAAUUUGAUGAUCACACUAUGCAACUACGAGGUAAAAUUAAAUCGAUUAAAUAUGUUAGAAAUGAGAAUAAGAAGUUAAAAGAACAAAAUCAAAAGUUGCAGAAUGAAAUGAGUGUAGUCAAUAAUAAAAUUAACUUUAUAGAGCAAAAAUUAAUUGAAAAUCAUAUUGAAACAGUCGGUAUUCUAGAACAAAAAAAUGAAGACUGUAUCAAAAUUUUAGAGGCGAUUUCAAAGACAUUAGGGGGACCUGUAUUUGUUGAAUAA